AUGGGAAUUUUGGGUCCAUUGAUGCAGAUCAUGCUGCUGCUAUGCGAUACACUGAAUGGAGACUUGAUGCGAGUGACUCCACUUGCAGGGGCAGUGUUGUUAGCUGAUCUUGACCAAGAUACGGUUGAUUUUGUGCCCAACUUUGAUAACUCACAAAAGAAACCAACUGUGUUGCCAGCUCGUCAUAAUCUACCUCCUCAUAAUCUUGGGGAGUUGGUGGAUGUGCUUUGCGCAUUAAUCCACAAUCCAGAAGCAACGCUACAAGAACUGCUGGAAUACAUGCCUGCACCUGAUUUUCCAACUGGAGGUCCUAUAGUAUGGUGA